UGUGACAGUCAGUGUCAAAUUCAGAUGAUUGAUAGUCGUUUGUGUUCGUGGACGAAUAUUUUACAUUUGAUAAAGAUAAUUUUCAAUUAAAAUGUCGAUUACAUGUACAAUUAUGUAAACUAAACGUUGACUAAAGUUAUCUCAAAUAUACGUAACCAUGGAUGAACAAACUCCUAUCGAGUGGCAACCACUUUCUCUGACUUUGGUUGAAUACCCAAAAGGUGACUGGCUCGGCAAAUUUUUAGCAAUAGUGAGCUUAUCUCCUUUUGGAAUUGGCUCUGGAUUUAUAGCAUUAAUAUUGUUCAGAAGAGAUUUGCAUACGAUUGCAUUCUUCUUAGGAACAUUGGUCAAUGAGGCACUGAACUAUGUAUUGAAGCGGACAAUACAAGAAACAAGACCAUUUGCGAGAGGACACCUUUACACUGAGUAUGGGAUGCCAUCCUCUCAUGCCCAGUUCAUAUGGUUUUUCAAUACCUAUGUUUUUUAUUUUGUUCUUAUUAGGUUACACCAAAUAAACAACAAAAGCAUACUAUCAGCAUUAUGGCGGGUUAUCCUGCUUGGAGUGUGCACGGGGCUGGCGCUGCUGGUGAGCAUCGGGCGCGUCUACCUGUUGUACCACACCACGCUGCAGGUGGUGGUCGGAGCCGGAGUCGGCUUCGUGUUCGCCACCAUCUGGUUUGCACUCGUACAUAAAGUGUGCACACCGUUCUUUCCACAGAUUGUCAGUUUCAAACUCAGCGAGUUACUAAUGCUCCGCGACACAACCCUCAUCCCGAACGUGCUCUGGUUCGAGUACACGAGCUCGCGGCAGGAGGCGCGCACUCGGGCACGCAAGCUGGCCGCCCUCAAGCCGCAAUGACGCUACGCGGAGGCCUGCGCGGCCUGUGAGGAAACCGCCCAGUGGGGCCUCGCCACGCUCGCCGCGUUCGCCUGCUGGCUCUACUUCACACACUUCUACGACGCUAUACCGGACAAAGCGAACACUGUUGUUAAUAUUUAAGAGGUACUGUGAGGUUUACUCAGUUUUUUUAAGGCUAGAUGUUGCUGCAUUUGUGGUUGGACUGCGGAUGCCGAUAGUCCUAUAGUAAACUACUUGCAGUGCAAUGUCGGAACGGUUUGAUAGCAGUACGCCUUCUGACUGGUCAAUUUUUUUUAAUUUUGUGACCAAUCACAGCGCGCACUGCUACAUAUUAAG